AUGAGCAUGAGCGCGCCGCAAAAGACGUCCUCGUCAGCAAGGGGCCUCGAGCCCGGCCAUGCCGCUGAAGCCCGCCUCCGAGGCCCCUCCGAAGCAAACGGGGAGCUGGAUCUGCUUGCCGGGCUCUGGCAGGUGGCUCCGUUCCCUCGCCUUCCAGCCGAUGCGCCGGCCGAGCUCAACGACUACGUCCAGCAUGUCGAGAAUCCCCGUCGCGUCUAUGCCAUCCAUCGAGCCAGUCGUCGUCACGACUUUCAGCAUCUCGUCGACAAAUACAUCUCCCAACUGCGAAGUGGCUGUGGUGUGUCGAAUUGCUCGACGGCUACCUGCUUCACUUGCCGCAAGCGCCUCGCUGGCAAGGCACCCAUCCGCAGAUACAAUCCCACAAGUGCCAGAACACUAGCAGUGUACCUGGCCAGUCAAGAUAACCCAGAGGCCGGCCUCUGUCCCCAUCUCGGCUCACCCAGAGAGGUCCCUCCCGCUCUCAACAGCCUCAUCUUUUCUACUCGACCUUCGCCAUCCCAGCACAACACCGGCAGGCCUUCCGACAGCCACACAGCAUCCCGGCGAAAACCAAGCGUGGGGGUUGCUACCAAGCCUCCCGCUUCCCCUACCACAACAAGAUCUCGCUCGUCGUCUCUGGAAAAGCAACACUUGGAUAACCAGCCCAGCGAAUCCAAAAAUGGCGACGCUACCACACGACCCGGGCAGCUACCGGCCUCUCAUAUCAGUGUUACGGAAAAGGCAACACAAAAAGACUACAGAUCGUUUGCAGUGGCCACCUUUGGCACCGUCGCAUUCAAGAUGCUGGAAUGGCUUACACCACAGGCUAUUGAAGCCAUGACGGACAAGUUCUCCGAGCUGGGUGGAUUUCGACAAACUGGCACCAGUGCUACUGCGGAUGCUACCACUGCUACUACUGCUGGCCCAGCCAGCACUGAGCAGGCUACGAGUUCGCAGACACACCGUUCUCAAGCGCAUCAACCCGCACCUCCUCCAGCCGCUCAACCUAAACGGAACAAGGCUUCAAAGCCGGCAAGAACCUCGAGCCAAGACAUAGUCGAACCGCCCACCCCGGUAAAAGAUGUGUCGUCUAGGCCUAAGAGAAACUCCAAGCCAACUCUUCGUUCUUCCCCAUCCAAAUCGAACAGGAGGACCAUGGAUCCCGUUGCCAUUUCAGCAGGAAGCGAAGAGGCCAAGCCAACGUCACGACCUCCAAGUUUGAAUGGCUUCUACCCCGACAAGUUGGCUCGCGCUGGCAAGACGUCGCCUGCUAUCAUUACUCGUGGUGUUCCUGAAAUACCAUCCAAGCCUGCCUUUUUUGAAAAUUUGUCUGCUCCCACCCCCACCGCCCCGGCCAACACGGUGGAAGAUGUCGAAUCAGGAUCCUCUGAUACGGAGACUAUUGACGAGAGAGAGACGCCCAGUAGCACUCCUCCGGCUGUCAAGAGUGAACACGUCGACACGCAGACCAAGCUAAGGCCAAUAUCGCCGCUUCCGGAGGUAGACUUUUCCUCGGCCAAGUUUCUGCUGCCUCAAUCUCUAUCGGCUUUGAAUGUCGAGCUUGUCGAUUUUAUAUGUGAUGUUUUUCAAGAGGAUAAUACAUACGAACGCCAUUUUUUCGGGCCUUUGGAAUCUCACGCAUCGUAUCCCGUCCCCCAGAAUCCAUCAAGAAGAUUGGCUAGACGGCGAUCGAUAUCCCGUACCACCUCCCCCAGCCAGUGGAAGGCCUUCAAUGAACAGGCCUUGUUCACCGUCCUGAGCGACCCUCACUCCCUCGUUCGGUCUUUCUCCCGAGAUGGCAAGCUGUAUGACUCGCAGACGCUAUUCUACUGCAUGCUUCGGAUGACUCGUGCUGUGCCAACCCUAGUCCUCCACAGCCUUUGGAUGGCAGCCGAGUCUUUAUUCGCAACACCAAGGUCUUUUCAAGCCUCCCAGUCUCGUCCCUCAAGGGCUCUACCAAAAAAUCGAAAACCGCUGUCGGAUUUCGAAGCCGGCUGCGUCGUAUCCGUCUGUCUUCAUGCUCUCGUUGCGGUAGCACCUUUCGUCUCAGACUCCAAGACUCUGUACGACAUGUCGCGCAUACGAUCUACGGGGCUAACACUGGGCGGCAACGGUCUCUCCGCAAGACAGCCGCAGGCCAUAUGCCUCGAGUAUGAGGACGUCUUUUCAAACGACAACGCCAUCAGACUGGCGCGCCGUGUCUUCUCUGCCGUGUCUGCUCGUCGAUCCCUGGCUACUCUGAUGCGCAUGGAUGGCAAGACGAAGACUGGCCAGCUGGACAUACUCCAGCCACUGCUCAGCCAGCUCGACCUUGUGCACUCAGGGCCACUCCGAAUUCUGGAGUUCCCGCAAGCCGAGCGCCUGUUGCACGAAACCCGCGUCCCCACUCUCUUGCUGGACUGGGCGAGGACGGUUCUCUAUCACGAGUGGGAUGGAAACCCCGAGGUUUUGGGCGGCGGUGCCUUUCACGGGGCGCUGUCUCUGAUUUCUACCAUGUACCAAAACAGAUCCAGACUCCUCCUGGGAGACAUUCAAUUCCGGGCCGACUAUUUCUCAGAACGCCUAGACACCAUGGAGAUGCCAGUAACAUGGGCUGAGUCCGACUCUCCGCGGAAUAAGGGGCAUAUGCUCGACUACCCCUAUCUCUUCAGCCCAGAAUGUCUCGUCACGUUCUUUAGAUCCAUCAACUUUGCAAAGAUGAGCCGGAUGUUUGAAGAAAGCAGCUCGCUCAAGACGAGGAUGAGCGCUAUUGUCGAUCCCGGUAGUCUUGUUGCCAAUCCCCACCACAAGAUAGUGUUGCAGGAUAUGCUGAGGGUGGCAUCGUCAAAGUAUCUAAUACUGGAUAUCGGUCGUGACAAUGUCUUGAGAGACGCCUUUGAUCAGCUGUGGAGGCGAGAACGGCGUGAGCUCCUCCGUCCUCUCAAGGUCCACCUCGGCGAGCAGGGCGGAGAGGAAGGCUUCGACUCGGGUGGCGUACAGCAGGAAUUCUUCCGCGUGGCCAUUGCCGAGUGUAUGGACCCCAAGUACGGUGCCUUCUCCAUUGAUGACCGAACGCGCAUGGCAUGGUUUGUUCCCGGCUCGGUUGUGGAGGAGUGGAAGUUUGAGCUGAUGGGCGUUCUCGUAUCCCUGGCGGUAUACAACGGCCUCACGCUUCCCGUCACCUUCCCCAGGGCUCUGUACCGGAAACUGCUGGGCGAGCCGGUGGAAGAGCUGUACCACAUUGCAGACGGCUGGCCUGCACUGGCCAGCGGGCUGAUGAGCCUAUUGGAAUGGAACGAGAAAGAUGGCCAGGUGGAAGACAUCUUUGCGCGCACCUACGAGUUCUCCGUGUCCAACAUUGGGGGCAACGUGACACGAGAAAUGACCAAGGAUACGGUCCAGUGGCCGCAGAAUCUCGACUGGAAAAUGCGCGUCAACAUUCCCGAAGAAUCAGUUGACGACCGAGAGGCGCCGCUCGUGACCAACGAAAACCGCGACCAGUAUGUGAGCGACUACAUCCGCUACCUGACUGACGUGUCUGUCAGGCCGCAGUAUGAGGCGUUUGAACGUGGCUUUAAUAGCUGCCUCGAGUACAAGUCGCUCUCCCUGUUGAGCCCCCAGAUUCUGCAGUCCCUUGUCGAGGGCGUGCAAGAGAUUGACAUUUCGGAGCUUCGACGAUAUACUCGCUACGUUGGGUGGGAUGCCUCCCAACCCACGGUCCGAGACUUCUGGUCCAUAGUCAAGCGUUAUGACGACAGGAUGAAGCGCAAGCUUUUGGAAUUCGUCACCGCUUCGGACCGCGUCCCCGUCGGGGGCAUGCGCAACCUGCAGUUUGUGGUACAAAGAAAUGGCGAUGGUGAAGAUAGUGGGAAUCGGUUGCCUACUGCGUACACAUGUUACGGGACACUCCUUUUACCGGACUACAAGGAUAAGGACAUGUUGAGGCAGCGACUCAAUAUGGCGCUGGAAAAUGCCCAAGGAUUCGGCUUUGCAUAA